AUGUAUAAAAAAAGAAAUGUGGCGUAUGUGAAACCCCAAGAACCAAGUUUUUUAACUAAACUAAAACGUGAAGCAGGUUAUGUUCCUGGACCUGAUAUCAAUACAAAAAAAGAGCAAUUACCAGUAGAUUCUGAUUCUGAUAGUGAGAAACCAGAUGAAAGCCCAGUUGUUGUUGUUGUUAAACCUGGCGAUUUAACUCCUGAAGAAGUUGCUAAAAUAAAUGCUAAAAAAAAAUUUGAAUUAGAAAAUACAAAAGCUGAUCUUACGAAAAAAGUAAUUUUUCAAAAACCGAGUAAUUCGAAAAGAAAAAUACUUGAUAAUAAAGAAGAAAUUUGUGAAAAAUCUAAAAAAGUCAAAAAGGUAUCGAAACAAUUGUUAUCAUUUGAUCAGGGAGAAGAAAAUGAGUGUUGA